GAGAACAUGAACAAUACAUUGCUUCAUUGCCUGCUCCUACACCAGUUCAUCCAAGUCAAAGUGCUAUUAUCAAGAUCAAACGGCUCAUAACGAUCAGAUUUUGCAAACCCCAUGUUGGGUCCCACUUAGUGUCAAAGUAAUCAACGGCAAAGCAUUUCUUGGGGAACCACAAAACAAAAAUCACCAUCAUGCCCCGUUUAUUUCACUCAUUUACUGAUGCCUACGCCAACCUUUUAGAAACCUACGCUCGUGAUCGAGCGCUGAAAUCGGGAAGACUACUCCACGCGCACCUGAUCAUCAAUGGGUUGGUUCGUUUGACUUAUUUAGCCUCCAAGUUCAUAGGUUUUUACACUGAGUGUGGCCAAAUAUCAGAUGCUCGUAAACUGUUCGAUAAAAUUCCCAAAACAAAUGUCAGUCGUUGGAUUUCCAUCAUAGGUGCAUAUUCUCGACGUGGGUAUUAUCAGGAGGCAAUAAAUGUUUUCUCUGAAAUGCAAGCAGAAGCUUUGGGAGUUAACAUAUAUGUUAUCCCCAGCAUUUUGAAGGCUUGUGGGCACGUUUUGGAUCAAGAAACAGGAAAGAAAAUACAUUGCUUGUGCCUCAAGAAAUCUUUUGAAACUGAUGCUUUUGUUACUAGUUCUCUUAUUGCUAUGUACGCGAAAUGUGGGCAAGUUGAAAAGGCGAAAAAAGUGUUUGAUGGGAUGUUUGAGAAAGAUUUGGUAGCUUUGAAUGCUGUUGUUUCAGGAUAUGCUCAAAAGGGGCUUGUAGAAGAAGGGUUACGUUUGGUAUUGGAGAUGAAAUUGAUGGGAGUUGGGCCUGAUGUGGUUACUUGGAACACUUUGAUUGCUGGUUUUUCAAAGAAAGAUGAACAUUGGAUGGUGUCCAAAGUUCUUGAAUUGAUGUUGGCUUAUGGGAUUGGGCCUGAUGUGGUAUCUUGGACUUCUGUCAUAUCGGGGCUUGUGCAGAAUUUUCGAUAUGAUGAGGCUUUUGGUAGUUUUAAGAAGAUGAUUAAGCAAGGGCUCUAUCCAAGUUCAGCCACAAUUAGUAGUCUUUUGCCUGCUUGCAUGAGUGCAGUGGAUUUGAAGCUUGGGAAGGAGGUCCAUGGAUAUGCGUUGGUGAUUGGGGCUGAAAAUGAUAUUUAUGUGAAGAGUGCUCUUGUUGAUAUGUAUGCUAAGUGUGGCUUUAUAUCUGAAGCAAGAACUUUGUUUUAUAAAAUGUCUGAAAGGAACAUUGUUACUUGGAAUUCAGUGAUCUUUGGGUAUGCAAAUCAUGGAUUCUGUGAGGAAGCGAUUGACCUUUUCAGACAGAUGGAGGAGGAGGGGAAGAAGCCAGAUCACUUGACUUUCACAGCAGUCCUCACUGCUUGUAGUCAUGCUGGAUUGGUUGAGCAUGGACAGAGUUUAUUCAACUUGAUGCACGAGAAGUACAAGAUUACCCCAAGAUCGGAGCAUUAUGCUUGCCUAGUAGAUCUUUUUGGUCGAGCAGGAAAAGUUAAUGAGGCUUAUGAUGUUAUUAAGACAAUGCCUAUAGAACCAGAUUCAUUUGUAUGGGGGGCACUAUUAGGAGCAUGUAGGACCCAUGGGAAUAUUCAUCUUGCUGAGCUAGCAGCUAAACAUUUGCGACGGCUUGAGCCUGGCAGCACAGGAAACAAUUUGCUGUUGGCAAAUUUAUAUGCUGAUGUUGGCAGUUGGGGAAAUGCUUUAAGGUUAAAGAAGAUGAUAAAGAAAAGGAAGCUGAGAAAAUUUCUGGGAUGCAGUUGGUUAGAAGGUUCCUAAUGCUUAAGCAUGAUUUCUUAAAAUGUGACGUAUUUUCCCCGAGGAUGAUUGAUAUUCCUCGUGCUUUGUGUUAUGAUUUUCUCAAGCUCACUUGUGCAGUUCACUCAUCAAUUGUUUGGCUUCGGGAUUACAGGUCCUUCAUGCCUUGCAUUCUCAUGAAAGGAUGAUUGGAAGCUAUAGCAGAGCCCUGAGGUAAGGCUUCUACUGCAUUCCCUAGAGUAUCUUUCUUUUCUGUUGGAAAAGUUCAAACUCUCUUGUACAUAUUGCAUCGAUGCGCUACAUUUAGGUGAAAGAACUCAAAACUUCCACAAGCUAAGAAGUUGUGGAUGAAGUUUGGGGAUGCUCAGAUCCAAAAAGACAAAAAAAAUGGGGCAUAAAUUUAUUCGGGAUAAUGAGUCCUUCAUGAGGGGACCAUGUAAAAAGGCUUGAAACUGUUGGACUGCAGCGCAGGAAUGUUGUUCAGAGGCGGGAUGCGAAGACAUUCUGGUGGAGUUUUUCAGAGAGGCACCAGUAGAAAAGAUAAAAAGAAAAGACCAAGAAUAUUCGAACUGGUGGUGGCCUGCUAUGUACUUUUGAUUUCAAAUGGAGAUAUUGUUAGCUCCUCUGUCAUGUCGACAUUUACAUUCCACACGAAAUUGCUUGAGCUUUAAAAUGAAUCCAGACUCUCAAACAUUCACCUUUAUAUGCACCUUUUCUUUCUUUCUUCCCAUUUGUUCUCUUUUCUAGUCAAGUUUUCAAUCUUUUUGGUUUGCUUUGAAAGACUAUAACCAGCACAAUGUGAGGCCAGAAACAAAAUUCCCCAUAAUUCCUUGCUGUUGGGUUAACUAUGCUGACGUUCAAUGAUCUUCCAAAUAUUUGGAUAAGUGCAAAGAUGCCCAUGCAAAGGAAUAAAGUACUUUAAAAUCUCAAACCUGCAAAAGUAUAUAAAACAAUAGAUUUGUUAAUUUCUUUCCUAAUAACCCAAAAAUUUGCCAAUAUUUGGGUAGUGACAUGUUGGAACAACCAUUGCCCUUGCCGAAAGGUCAAUUCUCUGGUAUCAGCAUGUGCUCCGUUGUUAUCCUUGAUUGGCAACAAGUUGCAGAACUAGUGACAAACAGGCUCCUGCCAGAAGCACAACAGAAUUGCCCCAAA